UCCAAUGGGACAAGAGAAAAGGGGGGGGGGGAUCAUUUUGAAAAAUAACGAUUUCUUAUGUCUAGAAAUUCUGUGUAUGGUAUUUUCUUUCAGGACAAAGUGGGUCAUGCAAGCGACAGGAUUGACCUAUUCUUGUUCUUUCCUUUCCCUCUGACUAAGCGCACAUUAUAUUUACUUGACAUCAAGAUCUGUAUGACAGAUUGAAGUCAUGACAAUAAAACGGUGACACUGAAAGGUAAAAUUGUUGUACAGUGUGGCUCAGGAUCAAUCAUUACAGGCAAGGACCUUGUCGAGUGCAACACUCAACGGCAGCAUGGACCGUGAUCGACGCCCCACAUCCUGCUUUCGCCGGCCCCCAAUGUUAUAUGUGUGACGACCUAAUUCGAUGCCAAGUUUUGUAGAUGAAAUCAAGUCUGCACAAUGUCACACGCCAAACCUCCCGGCCACAAUUCCUCCAGCGUCCAGCGAGCGUCGAGAAUCAACAGCAUUGAAUCCGCCAGAUUAGAGAAACAGAUCAAUUAUUUUCAACAAUCUUUCCUACACCAAUGUCGACUGACCAAUCGGGCAAUACGAAUAAUUUGCAUGUCGCUGGAGUCAAUACGGUCUUCUAGCGGGCACAGUUUAGAGACAAGAAGUCCAGUUGAAACUGCGGAAUCAUUCUCAGAGACGGAGAGUAAGUCGCCGUUCUUUCUUUACGGCGAAAGGAUAUGGAGCAGAAAGAAAAGGAAGUUGUACAAAUCUCUCUCUGCGUCCAACAGACUAUCGUGUCGGUGGGAGGAUGUGCAAUCGCCACAUGAGCCGGAAGACAUUCCGGCUGCUUCAAAACAAGAUGCUGCAAGUGAAAAACGUCCACUCACGGCGGGCAACUUGCAAAAUGAUGUCAUUGACCAGGAAACAGAAAAAGGAUGUCACCUCGGAUCACGUCCGAAUUGGGAAGACGAUACGGAUGAUGUCACCAAGAAAAUUUUCAAGAACCAGGCAAGAGCGGUGGAAGGCAGGCGACACGCAGUGUACCAGUCGUCUGGUGAGGUGAUGGUGGCCCAAGCGGCCAGAAACGUCCGUGGACUGGUCAGACAAAUUAAAAUUUCUGGCGUACCUGUCCUUGCUGACAGCGAUGCUCCGGUAGCGGGAGAUCGCACUGACCUCAGGGUAAAGUCUGGCCUAAGGGCAAAGUCUGGCCUAUCUCAUAGAUCUAGUGACAAUCAGUCAACAAAACUGAAUAAGGUCCGCCAAGAAGAAUAUGGAUAAAUAUGAUCUAGACAGCUUUGAUAUGAAAAGAGACUAUCAAAACAACAUAAAUUUGUGGUUUGAAAAUGACAUCCUUAUAUUAAAAUCACUCUCAAGACAUUUUGCAUACAUAUUCAUAUAUAUAUGAAUAUAUAUACCAAUAUACAUAUAUAUAUAUAUAUAUACCAAUAUACAUAUAUAUAUAUAUAUAUAUAUAUAUAUAUAUAUAUAUAUAUAUAUAUAUAUAUAUAUAUAUAUAUAUAUAUAUAUAUAUAUAUAUAUAUACAUGAUAGCAUUAUCGCCUGUUAUUAUUUGUUCAAAUAAAAGGUAAUUAUAAUCUCUGACUACUCUGAUUAAUAAAUGAAAAACGAAUCUCUAAUUCGUAUUCUUGAACUAUAUAUAUAUAUAUCUCCAGUUUAAUACUUUUGUUUUGCCCAAACUAGAUGCUACUUCUCAUCUUUAAGCUUGUUCCAAUAGUAACCGCAAGUGAUGUCCUUUCUGCAAAGCUUCUAUCAACUCACUCUGGUACAAUUUUGUUUCUCCCACACCCGUUCCUUGAUCAACUUGAAACUUUGCGACAAUUAUUUGUUGUGCCUAACAAAAUAUGAAUCAAUAAAAAAAAAAUUAGUGAAUUAAUUGUUAGUGAUUUAUUAUUUUCCUUGAAAUCGAAAAAGGGUAAUAAAUGCUGCUUGCUAAGAAAUGUUGCUGUAUAUUUUAACGUUUUGUGUAUGUUCCUUCUCUCGUUUCCCAUUCUCGGACCAAGUUGAAAUGAACAUUUACAUAAUUAGUCAUAGUCGAUGAUAAUACAAAACUCAAUAAAACAAUAUAACCUAUUAGUUGAUCAAUUAGCGGCAAUUAAUUUCAUUAGUAUUAUUAUUAAAAGGGAGCUAAUUCCUGCAGUAUUGAGACAUACUACAGUAAUAUUGCGGUUCUUUCCCUUAAAUACGCUUCUAUUUUGUUUUUUAAGAUUUUAAAAAAAUAUUUUGCUACUUUGAAAGCGUACAUUAAUUAUAGUCCAACUGAUAUAAUAAUAAGGCUUGUCUUCGAGUCCGAAGAUUCGUGAGGAAUGCAGUAUUUCCCGUGGCUGCGCAGCCCCAGCUGUGACCUACAUAUUUUGCCACAUGCAGGGCAAGCAUAACCAUUGUCGGCAAUGAUAUAUGUACCCGGCAUAUAUAUGUAUAUAUCUAAUUAUAUCCCAAUGUCCAUGAUAUAUGCAUAUUAUACAAAUAUAGGACCAAAAAUACACUAUUUUAUAAUAGAACUUCAUGAAUCAAUUAGAGAUCUAGCUCAUAAUUAAUUAAACUUUAUAGACGGUUCGAUGUUGCAUGACUAGAAUGUUGAACGAUUUUAUUUUUUGUUUCAUUGAAUAACCUUUUUGAUCAUUAGGCUAAUUACUUUAAGCCUGUAACCUAUUGCCCGACAUAAAAUUGUGACAAUAUUUUUAUAAA